AUGUCGACUGAUGAAGAUGACAAUGAGAUCAAAGCGGAUGAGAUUGUAUCAGAUAUAAUUGAAUUAAUACAAACCACAACGAAAACAAGCUAUAUUCUCUCCUCUAAUUUAUCAACUAAAUUAUUCAAUUAUUUUGAUCGUAUCAAUCUUGCUGAUGCAAAUUCAUUGUGGAACAAUUUGAAUUCGGCUGUUGAACGUUUUGAACACGAUUCAAAUCAUCCAGAUAUUGUUUGCUUUGAAUCGCUGAUAAAUACGCUCAGUUGUUGCGCAAACGAUUGUGAAGAAAGAAAUUAUACACUUGGCCGUGAUUCAUCCACUUUAGCUGAUAGUAUUACGCAGUUAAAUGAAUUAUUAGUAGCUCAUGUUAAUUUACAAUACGAUGAUACCGCUAUUAUAUGCGCUUUUCGUUUAUUGACACAUUUACUGAUGUUAGAUGAAUUGUUUCCUGUUCAAACAUUUGUUCAACUCAGUGAUCCUGCGUUUUUAAAACACAUUUGUUGUUUAAUCGAAAAAAGUGUUAAUUCUAGAAAAUCGGAUGGCAAUUUUGAAAAUGACAAUGAAAGUCUUAUUUUAAAUUCAAUCAAAUUUUUGUUAGCAUUAAAUUUGAAAUUUGAUUAUCCAAGUGAAAACCCUCUAAUGUUAAUGAUGCAAACAAAUGAUCAGUCGAUAUUUCGAGAGUUAUUAGAAAGACUAAUAUUAUUGUUAAAUCGAAACGUUGAUUUACUACCAAACAGCAUAUCAAAACAAAACUCUAUCAUUAAAUUUUUUACUGAUGUAUUCAGUGCAACAACAAUAAGUGAUCAUCUUUUAUAUGAAUCUGAUCGGCGGCUAAUAGUCGAGAUUAUAAGUCGUGAAUUGAAUGAUAGAUCUUGCGCGGACGAUUUAACGACAGAUGAAGUUCAAAAUAUAAAGCGUGCUACUACUGAUGAGACACCGAAAUUAAGCGAACAAGUUGAAUUAGAAGAGGCGGAAGCAGCUUUAGCAACAAAAGAUUACACGGUUGCAAAAGAAAUAUUGCAAAAACUUGUUAAAAUAGAGGCUGUAUCAGAAGACGAAGAUGCAAUUCGAAUUAAAGAAACGGCUAUAUUAACACUGGGAAAAUUAUUUAAACAAACAAAAGAUGCAAAAGCUUUGGCUGAAUUAAUAAAAACAACACGUCCAUUUCUUGGUCUUGUUAGUAAAGCUAAAGCAGCUAAACUUGUUCGUACAUUAGUUGAUUUGUUUCUCGAUAUGGAAGCUGGAACUGGCCAAGAAGUCACGCUGUGCCAAGAAAAUAUUGAGUGGGCUAAGAGUGAAAAUCGAACAUUUCUACGGCAGGAAUUAGAAUCUCGUCUUGUUGCACUUUAUUUUGAGACAAAACGUUAUAAUGAAGCGCUUCAAUUAGGCUCACAGUUACUCAAAGAAUUAAAAAAGUUAGAUGAUAAACAAUUGUUAGUGGAAGUACAAUUACUAGAAAGCAAAACAUAUUUUGCAUUAAGUAACACACCAAAAGCAAGAGCAGCAUUGACAUCUGCUCGUACAACAGCAAACGGCAUUUAUACACCUCCAAAACUACAAGCUAGUCUUGAUCUACAAUCAGGCGUUCUUCAUGCAGCCGAAGAUAAAGAUUUUAAAACCGCUUUUUCCUAUUUUUAUGAAGCAUUUGAAGGAUAUGAUCAGAUUGAUAGUAACAAAGCAGUCACAGCACUGAAAUAUAUGCUUUUAUCCAAAGUUAUGAUGAAUUUGUCUGAUGAUGUAAACGCAUUGAUGUCUGUCAAAUUGGCGUUAAAAUAUGCCGGACGUGAUGUUGAAUCAAUAAAAGCUGUUGCACAAGCCAGUAAAAAACGAUCAUUAGCUGAUUUUCAACAAGCACUGAAAGAUUAUCAUGUUGAACUAGUAGAUGAUCCAAUGGUUCGUUCACAUUUAGACACAUUAUAUGAUAAUCUUCUAGAACAAAAUCUUUGCCGUUUGAUUGAACCCUAUUCUAAUGUACAAAUUGGUCACAUAGCACAUUUAAUCAAUUUACCACAAGAUGUUGUUGAGAAAAAAUUAUCGCAGAUGAUUCUUGAUAAAAAAUUUAGCGGUAUGUCUCAAUGUCUUAUCAAAUAUAAUCAUGUUACUAUUUGUUCUCUAUUUUUGUUAAUAGGUAUAUUAGAUCAAGGUAGCGAAGUUUUGAUUAUAUUCGAUGAGCCACCGUCCGAUACUCAAUAUCAAGAUGCACUUGUUAUCGUGCAAAAUAUGAGUAAAGUUGUCGACACUUUAUUUCAGAAAACAAAAAAAUUGUCAUAG